GGGAUUCUGCAGUGGGUGGGCCGGCUAUGGAGCGGUGGGCGCGCUCGCAGCUUCGGCUGGGACUGCUGUUGCUGCUCCUGCCCCCCGUGCCGGGCCGCCAGAAGGAGUCAGGUUCAAAAUGGAAAGUAUUUAUUGACCAAAUUAACAGGUCUUUGGAGAAUUAUGAACCAUGUUCAAGUCAAAACUGCAGCUGCUACCAUGGUGUCAUAGAAGAGGAUCUGACUCCUUUCCGAGGAGGUAUCUCCAGGAAGAUGAUGGCGGAGGUAGUCAAACGGAAACUGGGAACCCACUAUCAGAUCAUUAAGAACAGAUUGUACCGAGAAAAUGACUGCAUGUUCCCUUCGAGGUGUAGUGGUGUUGAACACUUUAUUUUGGAAGUUAUCGGGCGCCUCCCUGACAUGGAGAUGGUGAUCAAUGUACGAGAUUAUCCUCAGGUUCCUAAAUGGAUGGAACCUGCCAUUCCAGUCUUCUCUUUCAGUAAGACAUCUGAGUACCAUGAUAUCAUGUAUCCUGCUUGGACGUUUUGGGAAGGAGGGCCUGCUGUUUGGCCACUUUAUCCUACAGGUCUUGGACGGUGGGAUCUCUUCAGGGAAGAUCUGGUAAGGUCAGCAGCACAGUGGCCAUGGAAGAAGAAAAAUUCCACAGCAUAUUUCCGAGGCUCAAGGACAAGUCCAGAACGAGAUCCUCUCAUUCUUCUGUCUCGGAAAAAUCCAAAACUUGUUGAUGCAGAAUACACCAAAAACCAGGCCUGGAAAUCUAUGAAAGAUACCUUGGGAAAGCCAGCUGCUCAGGAUGUCCAUCUCGUGGAUCACUGCAAAUACAAGUAUCUGUUUAAUUUUCGGGGAGUAGCUGCAAGUUUCCGGUUCAAACACCUCUUCUUGUGUGGUUCACUUGUUUUCCACGUUGGUGAUGAGUGGCUGGAAUUCUUCUAUCCUCAACUAAAGCCAUGGGUUCACUAUAUCCCAGUCAAAACAGACCUCUCCAACGUACAGGAGCUAUUGCAAUUUGUAAAAGCAAAUGAUGACAUAGCUCAAGAAAUUGCUGAAAGGGGAAGCCAGUUUAUUUUGAACCACUUGCAGAUGGAUGACAUCACCUGUUACUGGGAGAACCUGUUGACUGAAUACUCUAAAUUCCUCUCCUAUAAUGUAACAAGAAGGAAAGGCUACAAUCAAAUUAUUCCCAAAAUUUUGAAAACUGAACUCUAGUAGUCAUCAUCAGACCAUAGUCCUCUCUAUGGCAGCAGAUCUCAGACACCUGUGAUGAGAAGCUUACCAUGAGUGUGGCACCUACACCUUGAAUACUGUUAUCAAGCCAAAUACCUGGUUUUCCUUAUCAUGCUGCACCCAGAGCAACUCUCGAGAAAGAUCCAAAAUGUCUAUAAUACAGAUAUGAAGCAGCUUAAUGCUUUGGCUGAAUAAGGACCAGAAAUCAUGAGAUGUGGGUUUUGAACCCGAUUCUACUUGUCUUUUUCUGAGGAGCAAUCACAGCUUGUGCCUCAGAUCAUCUACAUGUGUAUGUCCAUCACUGUGAAACUGAUUGUGUCCACGGGAUAAUGCCCUUUGUCCCAUUAUGUGGAGCAGAAAAUCAACCAUUUGGAACUUGUACAGCUCAUCACCGCAAUUCUGCAGUCAUUCUAGGCUUGAUCUCUGCCACUAUAUUUUAAUGCAGGAAGCCCUAUAGGGUUUGUGAAAAAUACCUGGGGAUCACUCCCUGAAAGGCCUGAGGAAGCAGUAGUUGUGCCAUGCAGUGAUGUAGGAGUUCUCUUUUGUAAAAGCAUAAACUCUUUGAUACUCAGGAGGUUUCUAUAAUGCCACAUAGAAAGGGGCCAAUUGCAUGAGUAAUUAUUGCAAUUGGAUUUCAAAUUCCGUUUUUGUGCCUUCACAUCCUUCUUUUUAUUGUCUCUCAAAAAAGAGGACAAAAACCUCUUAAUAAAUUUAGGAAAUAGUCCUACUCUUUAAAGGAACUGUGUAUAAAACAGCAACUCUUUCUCACCCUUUGCACACCCUUAAUAUUUUUCCUCCUUAAGUUGGCAGCAGUCCACACUCUCAGUAUCUUGCAGGGAUCUCAAGGAGUCUUCACAUGCGAAAUGCUGCUAAGUUGGGAGUUGAGAGCAUUUAACUUAAGCGCUUACUUAUAUAAGAGAUGUUUGUUUUAGUGCAAAUUCAUAUUGGAGUGCCUCCUUUUCCCUUGUUUUCCUUUUUGAAAAAAAGACAUUUGGAUAAUAGUUUAAUCUCUCAGGAUGCUCUCCCUAACAUAGUCAAAAAUGAAGAAAAAUUUCUAGAUUAAAAACCAUAUAGUCUGAUGACUCAGAACCAUCCUUGUCUCUUGGGCCCAACCUUUCCACAGAGAAAUCAACUCUUUCCUUUGGCUCUUAAGAACUGUUUUGUAUUAAUUGGUUUUAAAAUUAGUAAAUGUGACAUUCAGUCAUAUAAAAUCAGGGAUUUUAUUCUA